CAGACGGACUGAAGUGCAGAAGAUGAGUGUGUGUGGUGAGGAAGAGGACGGCAGAGCAGAGCCUCCAGCCUCCAGCUGUCUGUCUAUGAGGAGUGAGCGGUCUAAAGGAAGUCUUCCAUACUUCAGUGCUGAACCUGGACCUUCAGCCACAAAAAAGAGGAAGAGGAGCAGUGAGGCUGUGGAGGAGCAGCUGUCCUGCUGUGCUUUGUGUCAGGAGGUCCUGAGGGAUCCAGUCUCCACCAGCUGUGGACACUGGUUCUGCAGACAGUGCAUCACCUCAGACUGGGACCAGUCUGGUUCAUCAGGAGACUCUGCCUGUCCCCAGUGUGGAGAAAGAUCCAGAACAAGACCUGGACUGCAGACACCCAGUCAAACCAGCCCAGUGGACGGCGGUCUGCAGGAGGUUUUAGACGAGCAUAAGAUCAGUCUGAGGAGGAGAUGUGAAUUUGUGACAGAAGGAACUGCUGCAGCAGGAAGUGGAACCCCCCUCAACAGGAUCUACACUGAGCUCUACAUCACACAGGGACGGAGGGAAGGGAUUAAUACCCAACAUGAGGUGUGGCAGCUGGAGACAACAUCCAAGAUGGAGACCCUCCAUGACACUCCAAUCAAGUGCCAGGACAUCUUUAAACCCUUACCUGGCCAAGACACACACAUCAGAGUAGUUGUGACGCAGGGCGUUGCUGGCAUUGGAAAAACCUUCUCAGUGCAGAAGUUCACUCUGGACUGGGCAGAGGGCUUGGAAAACCAACAUGUCAGUCUUGUGGUUCUGCUUUCGUUCCGGGAGCUGAACUUGAUCAAAGAUGAGCGCUACAGUCUUCUCCGGCUGCUCCGUGUUUUCCAUCCAACAUUACAGACGGUCACAGCAGAGAAGCUUGCCGUCUGUAAAGUCGUGUUCAUCUUUGAUGGCCUGGAUGAAAGCAGGUUUUCAUUGGAUUUCCAGAACAAUGAGGUCGUGUCUGAUGUCACACAGACAUCAUCAGUAAACGUGCUGUUGACAAACCUCAUCAAGGGGAAUCUGCUUCCCUCGGCUCUCCUCUGGAUAACUUCCAGACCUGCGGUGGCCAAUCAGAUCCCUCCUACAUGUGUGGACAGGGUAACAGAAGUGCGAGGGUUCACUGACCUCCAGAAGGAGGAGUACUUCAGGAGGAGAUCCAGUGAUGAGGAGCUGUGCAGCAGAAUCAUCUCACACAUCAAGGCCUCCAGGAGCCUCCACAUCAUGUGCCACAUCCCAGUCUUCUGCUGGAUCACUGCUACAGUCCUGGAGCACAUGUUGACUACAGACCAGAGAGGAGAGCUGCCCAAGAGCCUGACUGACAUGUACUCACACUUCCUGCUGGUUCAGACACAGAGGAAGAAGCACAAGUACCAUGAGAGACAUGACAGGAGUCAGCAGGAGCUGAUGGAGACUGACAGGGAAGUUCUUCUGAAGCUGGGCAGGCUGGCGUUUGAACAUCUGGAGAAAGGCAACCUGAUGUUCUACAAAGAAGACCUGGAAAAGUGUGGUCUUGAUGUCAGAGAGGCCUCGGUGUACUCAGGAGUGUGCACAGAGAUCUUCAAAACCGAGUGUGUGCUCUUCCAGAGAAAUGUCUACUGCUUUGUUCAUCUGAGCAUUCAGGAGUUUCUCACUGCAGUCUACAUCUUCCACUGCUACACCAACAGGGACAUGGAGACACUGAACACAUUCCUGGGAAGACAUGACAACUCUGAAAAAUCCUUGGAUGUCCUUCUGAAUAUUGCAAUGUUGAAAGCCCUGAAAAGUAAAAAUGGCCACCUGGACCUCUUUGUCCGCUUCCUUCAUGGCCUCUCACUGGAGUCCAACCAGAGGCUCUUAGGAGGCCUGCUGGGUCAGACAGAGAGCAGACCAGAAGACAUCCAGAGAGCCAUCAAAAACCUGAAAGAGAUGGACACUGAAGAUAUCUCUCCUGACAGAAGCAUCAACAUCUUCCACUGUUUGUUGGAGAUUAACGACCUCUCAGUACAUCGGGACAUCCAAGAGUUCCUGAAGUCAGAGAACAGAUCAGAGAAGGAGCUCUCUGAGAUCCACUGCUCAGCUCUGGCCUACAUGCUGCAGAUGUCAGAGGAGGUUCUGGACAUGUUGGACCUGAAGGCGUACAGAACAUCAGAGGAGGGACGACGUAGACUGAUCCCAGCUGUGAGGAACUGUAGGACGGCUCGGCUGACAGACUGUCAGGUCACAGAUGAAGGCUGUGCUUCUCUAGCCUCGGCUCUGAAGUCCAACCCCCAUCUGACAGAGCUGGACCUGAGCUACAACAAGCUGUGGGAUUCAGAAGUGAAGCUGCUGUCUGCUGGACUGGAGAGUCCAAACUGCAGACUGAAGACUCUGAGACUGAGUCACUGCAGGUUGCCAGUGAGCAGCUGGGCUUCUCUGGCCUCGGCUCUGAAGUCCAACCCCCAUCUGACAGAGCUGGACCUGAGUGAGAACCAUUUGAAGGAUUCAGGAGUGAAGCUGCUGUCUGCUGGACUGGAGAGUCCAAACUGCAGACUGAAGACUCUGAGACUGAGUGGCUGCAGGUUGUCAGAGAGCAGCUGUGCUUCUCUGGCCUCGGCUCUGAAGUCCAACCCCCAUCUGACAGAGCUGGACCUGAGCUACAACGACCUGCAGGAUUCAGGAGUGAAGCUGCUGUCUGAUCUGGUGGAGAGUCCAAACUGCAGCCUGAAGACUCUGAGACUGAAACACUGCAGGUUGUCAGAGAGCAGCUGUGCUUCUCUGGCCUCGGCUCUGAAGUCCAACCCCCAUCUGACAGAGCUGGACCUGAGUGAGAACAAGCUGCAGGAUUCAGGAGUGAAGCUGCUGUCUGCUGGACUGGAAAGUCCAAACUGCAGACUGAAGACUCUGAGGCUGACAGACUGUCAGGUCGCAGAUGAAGGCUGUGCUUCUCUGGCCUCGGCUCUGAAGUCCAACCCUCAUCUGACAGAGCUGGACCUGAGCUACAAUGACCUGCAGGAUUCAGGAAUGAAGCUGCUGUCUGAUCUGGUGGAGAGUCCAAACUGCAGCCUGGAGACUCUGAGGCUGGAGGAUGGAAAAGACUGGAUGAAAGCUGACAGCCUGAGAGGAGAUGCCCGUCAUCUCACACAGGAUCCAAACACAGUGAACAGAUUCCUCCGUCUGUCUGAGGACAACAGAGAGGUGGAGAGGAUGUCUAAGCAGCAGUCGUAUCCUGAUCACCCAGACAGAUUUGACCGGUGGCCUCAGGUUAUGUGUAGAGAAGGUCUGACUGGGCGAUGUUACUGGGAGGUCCAGUGGAGCGGAGUGGUUUAUAUAGCAGUGACUUACAGAGGAAUCACAAGAAGUGGAGAUGACUCUCAACUUGGAGCCAACAAACAGUCGUGGAGUCUGUGGUGUUCUGAUAACAGCUACACUGCCAGACACAACAGUGAGUCCACCAGCAUCUCUGUCCGUCCCCGUGGAUCUAACAGAGUAGCAGUGUAUCUGGACUGCUCUGCUAGGACUCUGUCCUUCUACAGAGUCUCUUCUGACAGACUGAGACUCCUCCACACCUUCAGCUCCACCUUCACUGAGCCUCUCUACCCUGGGUUUGGGUUUGGGUUUCGGUCUCCUGGUUCUCGUCUCGUUCUGCUGCCAGUUUCUGAGAGAUAAAAACUUCUGUCAAAGCCACCAACAAGUGUUUGGGAAAAUGUUGCAUAAUGUGAUGGAUAUGAGCAGCUUUGGAUUAAUAUCAUUGUGCUAGACAGAUAUUAUGCAAGGCCAAACCAGUGGACCACACACACAAACACACACACACACACACACACACACACACACACACACACACACACACACACACACACACACACACACACACACACACAGUCAUUUAAAAGGUGAUUAAAAACAGACACAGACGAAGAGGAAAUUCAUUUGUAAUAGUUUAUAGUUAAAAAUGUCCUUUAAAAAUGUCCUGUGAAAGAAAGCGGUUAAAAAGCAGUUGUAAAUAUUUGAUUGGAAAUACUUUAUUUGCAGUACAUUGGAGUUUGACAGUGUAUGUUUCUUUAAUGAUUUAUUUUGUGAAUACUUACCUUAAAAAAAAGAAAAUCUUAUAUCUACCUGUUUACUUACCUGUCAAAGAAACCUGAAAGAAAGAAGAUACAACUAUGAUAGAAAACUGUUUAUAAUGA